AUGGCCCCACCGCCCAGCGUGCCCCGUCGGGCAGCGCGCAAGAGCCGACUAGGUGGAGCGAUCAUGGAGGGUACAAUACCUCUUCCCAUUGCCGACACGCCCGUCAUUAACAAGAACCGCGAGCUGCGACGAGAUGGCGAGCGCCGAUCGUCAAUCGGCCUGCGCGGACAGCGCGCCAGCUCGUCAUUUGAGCGUGGAGAGCCAAGCUAUCCACACUCGUCGGUGUCUCCCUCGCAGUUUUACAAGCACAUUCCGCCAGACCUCCCGGAACCUGUCAAGGCGCGGUGGCUCAUUGCGUGGUGCGCCAGGCGCACGAUGGACGAGCACACGAGCAAGUCAAAGGCGAGACAGCGCGCUGCCCCCCCUGACGAGGUGGACAAACUGCUUGGCGACGUGGUAGACGACUUUGUCGCGUCAGUUGCAAAAGGCAACCUUGACACAAACAUUUUUCCCACAGACGGAGCAUCAACUUCUGCCAUGCCCGUCCGACCACACCCACGGAAUGUCGACAACCGCGCGACACUCGAGAAGGAGCAGGCCAUCAUCAGGCGGAUGAAAGCCGAGGAUCGCGACUGGUCCCGUAUCGCCGCCAACGCCAACGCGCAACAGGCGGCCGUCGUCUCCGAGUUGAGCGUCAAGGCGCGAACACACGCACCACCAGACAUGUCUACAGCCCCCGAGUGGCUCCAGCGCGCAUUGCGCGUUGCUGACGAUGUGCUUGCUGGGGGCGACAAGGACAUCGGCUCAGCAGGCAACUUUGGCCAGGUCGAAUUCGAGGUCGACAUGCUCCAUCAGACCUCACAUCAGGCACACCAGUACGCAUUGCAAGCGCAGCGAUUCCUUGACGGCAUCUUCUCCUCCCUGGCCUCAGAUUUGCGCGCCCGUGAUGGAGAAACCCGUGUGCCCCCUCCUACCGACGACGCUGGCGCCGAUGCCGAAGCAGCCGUCCUUCUCUCAGCAGCUGCCGGGCCGUCCCGUCCCCGUACCGACCCCAUCAACAUGCUCCGUGCCCUGGCCUCUGCGGACGCCAAGAAGCAGACCCCCGAGACCGUUGCCAAGGCCGCCGCCGUCGCCGCCGUCAGUGCUACGCCGCGCGCACCGGCCCUCACACCAAGGCGAGCCGGACCAGGCGCCACCCCGCGCCGUGCCGGCGUGUACGGCCGGGCUGGCACUCCAGGCAAGCGAUAA